AUGUUCAGCCAUACAAUCACCUACUCACUCCGUAGAGCUUAUACUAUCAAGAAGGUUUCUUCAUUGACCCUGACUGGCUCUCGCCUAUAUGCGACCGUCAAACCUUCCCCUCUGGCAGACAAGCUCUCCGUCAACAGCGAUCGAUUAUGGCGCGACAUUCACUACACCGCUCAGUGGAGUGCACCCUCUCCGGGCGGUGUUACUCGACUUUGUGCGGAUGAGAAUGACAAGAAGGUCCGCGACUGGUUCAAAGAUCAACUUAUUGAACUUGGAGCCGAUUACAAAGUCAAUGCUACCGGUACUCAAUUCGGGGUUUUCGAUGGAGAGGACAACAGCAUCCCCCCUAUCGCUAUGGGAAGUCAUUUGGACACAGUCGCAACGGGUGGAAGAUUUGAUGGUCCUCUUGGAGUUCUCGGAGCCUUGGAAGUUAUUCGAAGCUUCAAGGAGCAGGGUAUCAAGACCAGAGCUCCGAUAGUUCUCAUCAACUGGACGAACGAAGAAGGAGCACGAUUCUUUCCUUUGCUUGGAUCAUCUAUCGUCUAUGCCGGUCGCUCCACUGUGGAACAAGCCCAUGCAGCAGCCUCGAACGACGCAUCGGAAUUGACCAUGGGCAGCGAAUUGAAGAAGAUUGGUUACAUCGGUGAUGGACCAAAUACAUUCCAAGAGUUCCCCAUCUCAGCGCACUUUGAAAUCCACUGCGAACAGUCCACAGACCUGGAGAAGGCGGGUAAGCCUGUUGGAUGGGUUGAAGGUUGGCAGGGAAUGACUUGGUACGAUGUCGUCUUCCACGGAGAAAAUGGCCAUGCCAAUACCUACCCCAUGUAUGGUAGGCGAGACGCUCUGACCGGUGCAGCCAAACUCAUUUGUGAGCUGGAAAAGCUCGCAUAUGAAAAGAAUGGUGCCAGUACCGUGACUGGCAUUCAUAGCCGUCCAUGGGGAGCUUGUAACAUCCAGUCGAAGACGAAGAUCACAUUUUGCUUGAUGCAUAAAGAAGCUGAGGGAUUGGAAGCCAUGGGAACGUCCAUCAUGGAACGGGUGAAAAGUAUUGCUUCCCUGCACGGGCUCGAAGUUGAAACCGAUCGAACCGUGCAUCUCUUGCCCGGCAACUUCUGGCCUGAAGCAAUUGAUUGCGUCAGACUUGCGUGCGGUGACAAGGGCAUUGCUUCUCGAACUGGAACAGGCCAUGACUCAACGAUGACAACAUUACUAUGUCCAACUGCCAUGGUAUUUGCCCGGGCUAAAGAUGGUAUCAGCCACUCUCCAAAGGAAUGGACGUCUCAAGAGGACUGUGCGGAAAGCGCGCUGGUUCUCGGGAAGUCGGUACUUAAUUUCGACAGUUACCUUAAGGAAAAGGCUCUGGAGAAGUAA